AUAGUCAAUCCAACAAUAAGAAAAGAUUUGAAAACUGUACCGAAAUUCUACUGAUGUCCAAUCGAAGGCUGCCCCAGAGGCCCUGACAGACCAUUUUCUCAAUUUUCUCUCAUAAAACAGCACUUUAUGAAAAUGCAUGCUGAGAAGAAGCACAAAUGUAGUAAGUGUAGCAAUUCACAUGGCACAAAAUGGGACUUCAAAAGGCACGCAGAGGACUGUGUCAAGAUCAUCCGGUGCACAUGUGGCUGUCCCUAAGCCGGUAGAACAGCAAUGCAGUCUCACAUCUACCGAAUUGGCCACGAGAUCCCUGUAGAACACAGGGAUCCACCUAGUUAAAAAAAAGGAAAAUGGAAAAUUGCUUGCAAAACCAGAAGGUAUCCAAUAAGACCAUUGAAUCACUGAACAACCAGCCAGUCCCUAGAUUAGACACUCAAGAACUAGAAGCUUCAGAAAUAAAGCUAGAACCAUCUUUUGAAGACUCCUGUGGCUUUAACACUGAAAAGCAGACCUCUUACAACACUGCCGAGAUAUCCUCAGAAGUGGCUUUGGUUAAACUACCAGUGAUGCAGUUUUCUCUUAUGCUGGUCUUUGUGCCUACAGCCGACUCCUCAGCCCAGCCCUUGGUGGUAGGUGUCCAUCAGGGCUCUGCCACAGGGGCUGUGCACUUGCUGCCUUUGUCGGUAGGAACUCUGAUCCUUGGCCUAGAUUCAGACGGUUGCUCUCUAAAGGAGAGCAAAACUCUUUUCAAAACUGCGAAUCCUGUUGCUGUUGAGCCCAUAAGUACAGGUGUUCAAGUGAACUUGUAUAAAAGUCUGUCUGCUGCUUUACAAGAACUAGGGAACACAUGUCAAAAGAACAGCAUUUCUUCCAUCAGUGUGCAGACAGAUCUGUCUUAUGCCUCACAAAACAACUUUAUACCUUCUGCACAGUGGGCCGGCACUGAUUCCUCUGUGUCAUCUUGUUCUCAAACAGAUUUGUCGUUUGAUUCUCAAGUGUCUCUUCCCAUUAGUGUUCACACUCAGACAUUUUUGCCCAGCUCUAAGGUAAAUUCAUCUAUAGCUGCUCAGACUGAUACAUUUAUUGACACCUGUUACCAGUCAGGUGGAGUCUCCAGAGAAACUCAAACCAGUGGGAUACAAAAUCCAACAGAAGACCACGUACAGAUGGACCAAGCUGCAAUGUGUGGAGACAUUUUUGAGAGUGUUCAUUCAUCAUAUAAUGUUGCUAUAGGUAACAUUAUAAGUAACAGUUUAGUAGCAGAGACAGUAACUCAUAGUUUGUUACCUCAGAAUGACCCUAAGACUUUAAAUCAAGAUACUGAGAAAUCUGCACCAAUUAUAAACUUCAGUGCACAGAAUAGUAUGCUUCCUUCACAGAACAUGACAGAUAAUCAGACCAAAACCAUGGAUUUAUUAAGUGAUUUUGAAAACAUCUUGUCAAGUAAUCUACCUGCUCAGACAUUGGAUCAUCAUAGUCUUUUGUUUGAUACAAAUCCUGGACCUGACACCCAGCUCCCAUCUGGCCCAGCCCGGAAUCCUGGAAUCGAUUUUGACAUUGAAGAGUUCUUUUCGGCCUCAAAUAUCCAGACUCAAACUGAAGAGAGUGAACUUAGCACCAUGAACACUGUGCCAGUCUUGGAGUCACUGGACAUAGAGACUCAAACGGACUUCCUACUUGCAGAUACCUCUGCUCAGUCCUACGGGUGUGGGGGAAAUUCUAACUUCUUAGGCCUUGAGAUGUUUGAUGCACAGACACAGACAGACUUAAAUUUUUUCUUAGACAGUGGCCCUCAUCUGCCUCUGGGAAGUAUUCUGAAACACUCCAGCUUUUUCAUGAGUACUGAUUCAUCUGACACAGAGACUCAAACUGAAGGAAUCUCCACUGCUAAAAAUAUACCUGCUCUAGAAAGCAAAGUUCAGUUGAACAGUACAGAAACACAGACCAUGAGUUCUGCGUUUGAAACCCUGGGGAACUUGUUCUUCGCCAGCAAUGAAACUCAAACAGUGAUGGCCGACUUUCUUCUGGCUGAUUUGGCAUGGAACACGAUGGAGUCUCAGUUCAGCUCUGUAGAAACCCGGACCUCUGCUGAACCACACACAGCCUCAUAG